UAACUUCCUUUUACUUUGGAAAACUUCCAAAAUCAGAAGCCAGUACGUUCAGACUUCCAGAUUUCCAAAGUUAACCUAAGCCCUGCUGAUAUGUUAUAAUGCUCUACAGUAGGCUCUACUUCUCUCAUUUUUAAAGGGACCACACUUUUGUUUCAGGUGAUAUAUCAACUGUUCUACAAAGAAAGCAGUUCAAAGGACCACGGAUCAUUGUACCAGUUGUGGAAUUGGGUCAACAGAAGGGACGUUAGUGGACCAAAGGAAGUUGUCCAUAAAUUUAGGCCACAUCAGUUGUUCAUUGAUGAUGUCCUAGACGCCUACUAAGAUGGGGCAUUCCUUGAUGUCAUGGACAUGGAAGAUGUGACUUCUGAUCCCUCAUCUCCACAGUUACUCCAUCUGAUGAGCCCCGAACAAAAAGUGAGGUGGUUAAAUGAAAUUUCAUUAAGGAUAAUUGACAAUUUAAAAUUAAAUGAACUGUCAUCAGUAAAUGAACUACGUGACAAUUUACUGGCUCUGAAUGCAGAGGAUGACCAGCUGAAAGCAAUGAAGCAGGAAGAUAUAUACAAGUGCCCACUUUGCAACAGAACAUACAAAUGUAAACAGGUUUCCUGGUUUAAAAAACAUCUUAUUAAGAAACAUCACUGGACAUUGCACACUGUCAGCACAGAUGUUAAAGCUACAAAUGCAGUUCAACAUUUUCUGUUCAUGUCAUUGCUUUUUAGAGACACCAUGGACUCUUACAAGAUGGGAGAUGGUGAGCGAAUACUAAGAAAUGCAUAUUUUGAAUGGCUGUUUGAUAGUUCUGUAAAGCAUACAAAAUACAAAUUAUGGUUAUGGCGAAUGAUUUCCUAUGUUAUUUCUAUACUGGGAGUUGAAGACAGUUUUGAGUACCUUUGGAACAUGACUGUGAAUUUUAAGGGGGGUAUUUAUAACAACAUUCCAAAUGACAACUGCGUAGAGUUGCAGGUAAAUAACAUAAAACGGGAACUUGCAACUCAGGGUGCUAAUAAAUCAUAUCAAUCAGCCAAAAACAUUUGUAUGACUACUCAGGUGGUAGAUGCUAUCCGUGAACAAUUGGUUCGUACUUCCAAAACAGUCAGAUCUAGGAGGGAAAGGCCAGUAGUUGACAAAACAAAUGAUAUUGUUCACAUGGUAAAAUUCCUUAGGCAGCAGGGUCCUGUGAAAGAUUUGGCUUGGAAAAGUUAUAGUUCAUUCAAAGAUCCAAUAAAAUGUAUUGAUGCAGAUGAAUUACACAUUUGGAUUAACAGGCAGAAAACAAUUGCUAGCAUUUAAAUGUAAAUUGUUUACAGUCAUUGAAAGGGAUCUGUUGAGAGGAAUGUGCAGUGUACAAAAAUCACAAGUUUGUGUACUCUUGCCCUAAUAAAGUUGGUAAGUUAUUGCACUGUGUCCAUGCCAAUUUUUGUCUAGCCCAUGUCUUGAAAAGUAUAGGCGCCAUCUUUUAAAUGUUAUGUGUAGAUAUCUAUAUUUUAAUGCACAAGGACCAGAAUUCUUGUACAUUUGUAUGCAGUAUUACCAUUUUUUUUCAUGCUUUAUUUUUGUCCGGUCCAUAACUCGAAAAGUGUUAAGGUAGCGCACCUCUAAUGGGCACAUAUCAAAAUAUAAUGUAAUUAAUUAUUUUUUUUAAUCAGCAUCAUUUCACUGAACUAU